AUGACUCCAAGAUCUACAAAACAGACCGGUCUGGCUCUAUUGGCUUGUACAGAGUGUCGAAAACAACAUCUGAAAUGUGACGCUCAGAAACCAUCAUGUUCGCGCUGCCUGGAACAUAAAUAUCUUUGUCAAUAUCUUCCAUCGCGACGUGGUGGCCGCAGAAAAACCCGUGAACCCCGCCAAAUAUCUAAUCAACCCAAUCACGACUCUCUAAUUCUAUCCCCUAGUCAGCCUGAUACGCCUGUCAGUACGUCACGUCAAAGAAUUGAUGCAAGUGUUUCGACUGGUCAUAUCCCCUGGCCUAUGAUUUCACAUAGUCAAACUCAGGAGUCUUGGUCUCAUGAUGAUCGCUAUUUGCGAUUGUUCUAUGAAAACUUCCAUGUCGCUCACCCCAUGUUAGUGCCCAGUGCUAUGUAUAACGACCGGCAAUAUCCCGAUUUCCUACAACUGGUUGUGAAUUUCGUCGGUUCGCACUAUAUUCCAUCAGGAUCAAGUCCAUCGGGAUCAAGUCAGCAAUUCAGGGACAAAGUUGUCGCAGAGUUGACUUGCUGUCCAGAACGAUCACCAUCUAUGGUCCAGGCUUGGCUAAUAUACUCUAUCGCCAUCUACGCUCAUGGCGAAUGGCAAGAUGCACAGGAUGCCAUCGCACGCAGUGUGGAUAUAGCAUUAGAGCUUGGUAUGAACCGUCACGAUUUCGCCGCAUCGGCACACCCCGAGAACUCCAUCGAAGCUGAAAGCAUGCGACGGACAUGGUGGGAGCUGUAUCUCACUGAUAUUUUUAUGGCAGCGCCAUUCAAAUAUAAUACUUUUCAGUGCAGUAAUAUGGCACCAGAGGUUGCUCUACCUUGUGAGGAGUCAGUAUAUACGGGCACUUGUGAGAUACCCACUCCCCGGAAAAUUCUGGACUUCAAGCGUAGAGUGUUCGCGGCUGAAGAAACAGUAUUUUCAUCGUUCAGUUACCGCAUUGAAGCCGCUACGAUAUUAUGCAGAGCUUUUGUGCUUAAUGGGCUAAGAGACUAUCAUCGUGAUCAUGUACAAGCUGUUGAAAAUGCGCUUGUCAGCUGGGUGAAUCAUUUGCCUGCCAAAAAACUGGAUAUCGUUGAUGCAUACGGGAACAUUGAUGAGAUGAUGUUUCAGGCACACAUGACUAUUUCAUAUGCCACCAUGCUUCUGCAUCUUCCGAGGAGUGAUUUGCAGCCCGUACUAUCACAAUCGGAUGAUCAGUUCUGGCCCGUUGCGACGCGCCAUCUAGCCUCUACUUUUAAUCGCCCCAUUCACAGUAUCAAAGCCACCGAAGCAUCCCGGCGAUUGUCCGAUGCCAUCUCACUCUGCCCUAAUGUCCCGAAACAUACCCCUUUUAUCAUUCCUGCACUGGCCCUAUGUGGGAUGAUUCAACUGGCCACAUCCAUCAAACACAACGAAGAGUGUUUUGAUCACCACUAUAAUCGUGUAACACUUAUCCUAGGAUGUCUGAAAACCACAAAGAGAAUCUGGAAUAUAGCUGAUGCUGCCUAUAAUCAUCUGAGGGUCUCUGCAGCCGACGCCUUGUCGGAUGUCUUGGAACGAUGGUGCACAGAGCCUCUUAGGAACUUCUUUCCUGCGGAUUCAACACCGACUAGUACAGAAAGGACGAACCAGCCAAUAAGACCACUCAUUGCGCUUCCAGAAGGACAGGACCUGUUGUUUCCUCUUGCACCAGCCUUUGUUGAUCCAACGUGCUAUAAUCAUUCGUUCUUCACAUCCAUCCCGGAUUUUGACAUAGGUUAG